UUUUCUCCUUUGUUUUUUAGUUGAUAUGGCUAUAAAUAAAUCUUCAAAUUACGAGGAUGAUCAGGUUUUGGUGGAAGGAAACUCUCAUGUGAAGACAGUGAUACUAAAUAGGCCCCUAAAAUUGAACGCCCUGAACUAUCAAAUGGUUUUGCAAUUGUCGGAGGAGUUCCAGAAGUUGGAAAAUGAUCCUGCUGUUGGGUUGGUAAUCGUAAAGGCAAAUGGAAAAGUAUUUUGUGCUGGAGGAGAUGUUAUUGAAUACUAUCGUUGCUUGCUCAGAGGUGAAUGGGCACUAGCAACUCAAAUUUAUCAAAAGCAACUCGCCUUGGACUAUCUAGUGGCAACAUACACUAUGCCCCUGGUUUUCCUGAUCAAUGGGGCAGUGAUGGGAGGUGGUGCUGGACUUUCUAUGAACGCAAGAUACCGAGUCGUUACCGAAAACACGGUUUUUGCAAUGCCAGAAGCAGCUAUAGGCCAUUAUCCAGAUGUUGGAGCAUCUUAUUUUCUUUCCAGUCUUCCAGGCUUCUAUGGGGAAUAUCUUGGCCUUACUGGUGCAAGACUGAAUGGUGCUGAGAUGGUAGCAUGUGGACUUGCCACUCACUUUGUUCCUUCAAAAAAUUUAAUUUUGUUGGAGAAAUCAUUAUAUGAGGUGGAUGUUGUUGAACCAAAUACAAUCCAGGGAAUUAUUAGCAAAUAUACUCAGCCACUGCUAUUGAAAGAAGACAGUGUUCUUCAUAGGCUCGACGUUAUCAACCACUUUUUCUCAAAACAAACAGUAGAAGAAAUCUUAUCUUCUUUGGAACAUGAGAAUGCAACUUUGAAAGAGGAGUGGAUUACUAAGUCAAUAAGAUCAAUGAAGGCAGCAUCACCAAUAAAUCUCAAGAUCUUCCUUAUGUCGGUUAGAAAAGGUCGAUUUGAACCACUAGAAGAGUGCUUAAUUCGAGACAGUAAAAUAUGUGCUCAUUCUUUUCGACGAACAGUGUCAAACGACUCACUUGAGGGUGUUAGGGCAACACUAUUGGAGAAAAAUUAUAAACCAAAGGUGAUAUAUCUACGUACACAAGUUGUACCAAAAUUCUUCUAAAUAACUUUCACAUAUAUUUUUGUUUUUUUUUCAUAUUAAUUUCUUCUAUCAUUUUGUUAUCAUACUUGACAAUGGGAGCCUUCGAAAUUGGAACUGGUGAGCAAUGAUAUGGUGGAGAAAUAUCUGACAAAGAUACCUGAGAUUGAAGGCUGGAAAGAACUCCAACUUCCUCCUAGAGACAUGCGUGAAAAAGGACUGAGAGCUAAACUCUAAUGUCUCGUUUACUUAAAGAGAAAUAAAAGGAAUGAAAAUAAGCAAGUAAACGACAGUUAGUUUUUAUCUGUAUUGUUAUUAUUUGAAUAAAAUAUGCAAUG